GAGCUCGAAAAAGCGAGCUUGUCAAAGGUGUCAACGAUGAGAGCGGAGAAGGAGCCUUUUCGAAGUGAACAAGAGUUGCUGGAGCCCUGGGGAUACACAUGCAGACUCCACGGCGUGAUGUCAUGCCUGGUGCCACUUUCACAGGAGGUUCCACGCAUUGCUGCAAUUGCCUGGAAUCCCGACUUCUUGCCGCCCUCCCGGCCGCAACGAUGCCUACCGGCCGGCCUGAAAGUCUGGAACAGGUACGCGUGCUUAAGAACAUACCGAACGCUCGGACACGGUAAGGGCCGGCCCGGGUUCAAGUGUCCGACGACCGAAGAUCUGCAGGGUCGUCUCCAAACCUCCUACACUCUGACGGCUCAUCGAGCCAAGGACACUAACAAUUGUCCUGAAGGGGUCCAUGCGGAUAACAAUGGACAACACAACAACAUAACAUUCACAAUUUCAUACAGUUUUACUAAUCAAGAGUAUUUCCAUCACCUCAGUGGUCCAAGUUUCCGAUGA